AUGGAAGCAAAAGGAUACACACAAGAUGGUACAGUCAAUCUUCGCAGACAACCUGUGAUCUCUUCCAAAACUGGCAAAUGGAAAGCUUGUGCUUUUCUAGUUGGGUAUGAAGCGUUCGAGAGGAUGGCGUUUUAUGGGGUGGCAUCGAAUCUUGUUGUAUAUUUAACAACACAAUUGCAUGAAGAUACGGUUUCAUCGGUGAGGAAUGUGAAUAACUGGUCAGGUGCUGUGUGGAUGACUCCGAUCUUUGGUGCAUAUAUUGCUGAUUCUUAUUUGGGUCGUUUUUGGACUUUCACUUUAUCGUCUCUCGUCUAUGUCUUGGGGAUGGUUUUAUUGACUUUGGCAGUUUCCAUCAAAUUCUUGAAGCCAAAAUGCAGAAAUGGAGUAUGCAACAAAGCCACCACUUCUCAAAUUGCAUUUUUCUACUCAUCUUUAUACAUCAUAGCCAUAGGUGCAGGUGGGACCAAGCCCAAUAUUUCAACUUUUGGUGCUGACCAAUUUGAUGAUUUUGACCCUUAUGAGAAAAGACUUAAAGCAUCUUUUUUCAACUGGUGGAUGUUCAGCAGCUUCACUGGUGCACUGGUUGCCACCCUUGGUUUGGUUUAUAUUCAAGAAAACUUGGGUUGGGGUCUUGGUUAUGGUAUUCCAACAAUUGGUCUCAUUUUGUCACUUCUUAUCUUCUACAUUGGUACCCCUAUUUAUAGGCAUAAAGUAAGGAAAACCAAGAGUCCCGCCGGCGAAUUCUUUCGGGUUGUUAGGGCGGCAUUCGCCAAUCGCCACCGUGAACAACCGCGUGACUCGUCAGAGCUUCACGAGUUCGAUUUGCAACAUUAUGUCGAUAGCGGGAAACGUCAAGUUUAUCACACUCCAAUUUUCAGGUUCUUGGACAAGGGUGCACUUAAAGAAGAAAACCAUGGCAUGCCACCAUGCACAAUUACUCAAGUGGAAGGAGCCAAGCUUGUUUUAGGGAUGGGAAUGAUAUGGCUUGUGACCUUGAUUCCUAGCACCAUUUGGGCACAAAUCAACACCUUGUUUGUUAAACAAGGCACCACUUUGGACCGACAUCUUGGAUCGAGCUUUCAGUUACCCGCAGCGUCGUUAGGGAGUUUUGUUACCCUUUCUAUGUUGAUAUCAGUACCAAUGUACGAUAGGUAUUUCGUGCCUCUGAUGCGCAAAAGAACUAAUAACCCCAGAGGAAUCACCAUGCUCCAAAGGCUCGGGAUUGGGUUCACAAUUCAAGUUCUAGCCAUAGCUAUUGCUUAUUUGGUUGAAGUUAGAAGAAUGAAAUCCAUCAAAUCCCACAAUAUUACAAGUCCCAAAGAAGAUAUCCCGAUGACCAUUUUUUGGUUAAUGCCACAAUACGUCCUACUAGGGGUUGCGGACGUUUUCAAUGCCAUUGGAUUGUUGGAAUUCUUCUAUGAUCAAUCCCCCGAAGAUAUGCAAAGCCUUGGAACGACGUUUUUCACAAGUGGAAUCGGCGUCGGCAACUUCUUGAACAGUUUCUUGGUGACAAUGGUAGACAAGGUAACGAGCAAGGGCGGAAAGAAGAGUUGGAUUGGGAAAAACCUAAACGAUUCACAUCUGGAUUAUUAUUACGGAUUUCUUUUGAUCAUUUCGAUAUUAAAUUUGGGAGCUUUUUUGUGGGCAUCAAAGAAAUAUGUUUAUAAAAGAGAAUCAAAUGUAGAAGCAAAAGAUGAAAUGUUAGAAAUGGAAUCCAAACCCAUGGAAGCCAUACCAUUAGGGUUACAAGUUUAAGAUAUAAUCUGUAACCAAUUAUUAUUAGUAAAUGCAUUAGAACCCCAAGAAUGCAAUUUC